UUUACUAUGUACUAAAUAGUGAAAGAUUGAGCGCAUUUAAACAGCAGCAUCCCAGUUUAGAAAGGAAGUUGUCACGGUAACCCGGAUGUACACAAAACCACGUGUCGGUGCUUUGCACAUGUGAGAGGGAGUAAGAUUGUUUAUCCGACGUUACAAUCAUGUUUGCUGAAGAGGAAUGGACUGAUUCUCCAUCAGCAGAUGGAUCAUCUAACACUGUUAAAGUGUCUCCUGCCCCCAGCAAGGAUAAGGUUGUGGGUAAAAAAAGUCUUUUGAGAACCUUGCAAACGUUGGGGUCAGUUCCAAACUGGGAAAUUGAGAAAACAUUUGAGGAUAGCGAUGAGGAGAAAGACACCUCUCCUGCAGUCCAGACAACGAAAAAGAAACGGUGCAAAAAGCGUAAAAGAAAGUCUAACGCUGAUGAUGAAGGGAAGCAGCAGGAUGAAGUGGAUUCAUCUGAAACACCCGCGAAGAAGAAGAAGCAGCCAAUGAAGAAGACCGUGAAACAAACAAGUUCUAAGGUGUCGCAAGAGUCCAGAAAAGAUAAGAAUGACAAAGGAGCCGGACCUCAGUUGGAGGAAAACGAAAGUCAAGCAGAGACAAAGCUAAGCAGAAAGCAGUGGAGGAACAAGAUGAAGAACAAAAAACGGUGUAAGAACAAAUAUCUCACGAAAACGACAGGUGUCGAUGAUGCCAAAGCAAAGAAGGAACCCUUAGUUCAAACACAGGACAUCAAAGAACCCAAGAAAGUGCAGAAACAAAAGUCCAAAAAAACGAAAAAGUCACGUGAAAAGAAUGGAAUUUCCUCCGUCACAGACAAUGUUGAAAAUGGCAAAGACUUUAAAACAGAUGAAACUUCCAGAAUAGUAGAUCACUCUCUUAGCAACAAUAACGUCUCGCAUGAAGUGGGCAAAAAAGCAAAACCUUCUAAAAAGACAAAAAAAACACAAUUACAGGAAGAGAAAUUGCGUCGUAUUUUAAAGUCUCAUCUUACUGAUGACGGUAAUAAAGCCACUGAGGAACCAGAAGAUACAAGAGUGAAUUCGAAGGGUGAUGAAGAGCAAGUGGCUCCUGACCGCUCGACUGCUUUAAGGACAAAGAUGGAGAAGCGGUUAGAAGCCGCUCGAUUCCGCUACAUCAAUGAGCUGCUUUACACCUCGACCAGCGGUGAGGCCAAACGCAUGUUUCAGCAGGACCCAGAGGCCAUCGCGGUUUACCACAAGGGCUACACGACACAAGUUCAACACUGGCCCACAAACCCUGUGGAUUCAAUCAUUUCCUAUAUUUCUAAAAAACCACCUUCUUUAGUUGUUGCAGACUUCGGUUGUGGAGACUGUAAAAUUGCGCGGAGUGUAAAGAAUAAAGUACACUCUUUUGAUUUGGCUCCGGUUUGUGAUCUUGCCACUGCAUGUGACAUGGCAAAAGUGCCUCUUCGUGAUUCUACAGUAGAUAUUGUUGUUUUCUGUCUUUCUCUGAUGGGGACGAAUCUAGGACAGUUUUUGGCAGAAGCAAACAGAGUCCUGGUGAUGGGGGGUGUUCUUAAAAUCGCUGAAGUGGCCAGUAGAUUUGAAAACGUGCGUUCGUUCAUUGGUGCACUGUCAAGUCUGGGCUUCAAGAUAGUCAAUAAGGACACAGAAAACAGCCACUUCUACUCUUUUGAAUUCAUAAAGACAGGAAGAGCACCAGAGAAUGUGAAGAAAGCCGGACUUCAACUGAGACCUUGCCUGUACAAGAAACGAUAAAUGUACAUAAAGUAAAUAUUUAGCUUGGACGGCGUAUGAAAGUUUUAUCAGCAAUAAUUCAGUUUAAUUCAAGGGUCAGAUCUCCUCUUAACAUUGUAUUUGUAAGUUUUGUAAAUCAAUGUAACAGGAACGUACAUUUUAUAAAAAAAAAAAAGGAGGGCUUAAUGUGAUAUUGAAAGAAUUUUGUCCUUUGUGAAAACUGUAUUUGUUAUAUAUUUGCUUAUGAUUGAUUAAGCAUUUACCUGAAAAACAAACUGACUCAAUUCGUAUUUAAA